AUGGCCCUGCAUUUCUUCAAGAAACGCAAGGACACAGGCAAGGCCGAGGAAGGAGGCAAGGGCAAGGCAACGGAACGCACAGGAAACUUGAAUGCGGAAGAACAACAGCAACCACACUCCUUGGCCGACAGCGAGGCUCAGACGUCAGCGCUCGCCACCCCUCUCCUCGACGACGAAGACGAAAAGUUUCUCGAGCGUCUCGUAUCCAGCCCAGCCGACGAGGACGAGGGCCCACGCCCGCCUCUCCCACCUCGCCCUAGGACCCCUGACUUGAGCUGGGAGAGCGACAGCGAUUCCUUGCGUCUACCAAGCGAUUCGAAGGCGCCAUCCGCCACCACAACCGCUUCCGCGCCUAAGAAAUCAAACCGCCUCUCGCGUCUCUUCCAGCGCGGCAAGGUAGAGGACAGCAACCAGUCUCUGACCGUCCCCGAUGCGGUUCCCAAAGCGGAAGCCGAGCGCGAGUGGGCCGACCUGAGCCGGGUAUUGUCCCGCCUUGGGGUGACCCCGACGGCUGGCGAAUCCGAAUCCAAAGUCAAGACCAAGAGCAAGGCGCUCGCCCUAUCGGCCUCGGAUGAGGUGAAGUCCCUCGUAGCGCAAUUCCUGCUCAUCCUCAAGGACAUCGCUGCGGGCGCCCCCACCGCCGUCGACGACCUCACCGCUCUCCUCGACGGACGGAACGACGUUCUCAAGCGAGGCUUUGAGAAGCUUCCCUCCUCGAUGCAGAAAUUGGUGACGCAGCUGCCAAAGAAGCUGACGACGACGCUCGCGCCCGAGAUACUGGCUGCAGCGGCCGAGGCGCAGGGGCUGGGCAAGAACCAAGACAAGGAUGGCAAGGGGCUUUCCAGCAUUUUAUCCCGGAAUCUAGGCGAGCUGGCCUUGACCCCGGCCCUCAUACAGAGCAUGUUCAAGGCCAUCGUCAAUGCGCUCAAGGUCCGGUGGCCCGCGUUUGCGGGCACCAAUGUGCUCUGGAGCGCGGCGGCGUUUCUGUUGUUGUUUGUGCUGUGGUACUGCCACAAGCGCGGGAAGGAGGAGAGAGAGAAGCGGGAGAAGGGUGCGGAGAGUGCGGAGGGGGGGGAGGGGAAGGAGGUGAUGUCGUCGGCCGUGAUCGUGGCUGAGCCCUCCGCCGAGGAAGCAUCGCGGGCGUGA